AUGUUGCUCGGUCGUAAAUCAUCGAGCAAGUUACAGCCAGUAAAUGGCCAGCAAUCUUCGCCUAAAGCUAGCAAGAUUAACAAGCAGGAUAAGCCAUUGUCAUCACCUAAUGCUUCGUCACCUUUGCCGAUAAGGUCAUCUAAGUCAAUAUUAUCAAGACGUGCUUCUUCGAAUCUGUCGCCAAUAGGCAUCUUCAAGAAUGCUUCUAUUAGAGAAGCAAAGAGCCCCAAGGCUAGCAGCUCGCCCAAAUGGACAUGCAACUUUAUUCUUAUGGUCGAGCUUCGCAGGAAGAUCGUUACCUUUAGAGAUAUCAUUGAUCUUCCUCCUCUUGACGGUUCUCAUUUGAUGUGUAUGGUGAUGUAUACAAUGAAAGAUCUCCAGAAUAUUUGUCCUGAGAUUAUCAACAGCUCACUUAUUUCAGAAAUAAGACGCACAAGUGUCGAUAAGGUUCUUGACCAUUUCUUCAAUGCUUUGAAAUCCAUGGGAGAUUCAUGGAUCGAUAACUCUGAAUGGAUAGCUAAAUCUAAGUACUGGAGUAGCAGUGUGGGAAAGAACCAGUCGGAUCGACUAGUGGGGUUGGAGAUGCCCUUAGCAAUAUUAGAUGGACUGAUCAAGAUGUCGAAAGAGAGGUUUGAUAUGAUGGAGAUUGAUGAAAAGGAAGAAGAGAAGAAAUAUUUGAUUACUCCAAGGACUGCUAAAACAUUGAGCAGUCGAGUUUUAUCUCCAUCUGAAUCAUUCUCCGAUAGCAGAAGCUCGUUUUGUGGGUCACCAAUCACACCAAGAUCAGUUCUUCCAGACCCGAUGAUGGGUUCGCCGGGAAAGGGUGGAGACUUUGCAAAUUCUACGUCACAUCUUCUGUGGAAUAUGAGAGUCCAAGCACUUGAGAAACUUAGUCCUAUCGAUGUUAAGCGACUCGCUAUUCACAUUAUGUCACAGAAAGAGGCUCAUGAACCAAAUCAAAGCAACGUAGAAGAUGAAAUUAAUGUUAUUGAACAGGACAAGCAGAAGACCAGUGACGUAGAGAGCAAUGGUGUGAAUAUGGAGAAAGAAGAAACUGUUGUUCUUGAUGAGCAAGAAGAUACAAUCAUGAAAGUAUCUCCACUUGAUUCAACAUCUGAAUCCAAACUCAAUAUUUCAGAUAAAUCUGAACUUUGGCCGGAAUCUUUGCUACCACCUCCUUCUCCUCCUAUAUCCAUUACCAAAACUGCAUCUUUAGAGUCUUUACCAUCUCAACCACCCACACCACCACCUCCUCCUCCUCCGUCUGCACCACUGAAUGCGAAGGCUGAUGAUGUGAGCAUAUCACCACUGCCACCUCCUCUGCCACUUCUCAUCCCUUUACAAAGCUCUGUUCCACCACCACCACAUCCUCCUCCAGUAACUGUGGUGGCCGUACAACCACCGCCUCCACCUACACCUCCAAGAACCCCAGUGGCACCACCAGCACCACCUCCCCCUCCUCCAAGGACUGCAGCGGCGCCAUUACCACCACCUCCUCCACCAAUGCAGAACAGAGCACCACCACCACCUCCAAUGCCUACAACUAAUAGAGAAAGUUGUGGGCCACCGCCUCCACCACCUCCUAUGCCUCAAGCUAAUGGAGCAGCACCGCCUCCGCAACCUACUAUGGCAAAAGGAACAUCACCUCCUCUGCCACUGCCUCCUAUGGCAAACGGACCAUCACCGCCUCCACCACCGCCUCGAAUGGGUGUGUUGAGUGGAGCGGCUUGUCCACCGCCACCACCAGGAGCAGCAAGAAGCUUGCGUCCCAAGAAAGCAGCUACAAAACUAAAAAGGUCAACCCAAUUAGGGAACCUUUACAGAAUCCUUAAAGGGAAAGUAGAAGGUCGUGAUCCUGAGGCGAGGACAGGAGGCGGAAGCGGACGAAAAGCCGGAGCCGCAAGCGCUCCCACCAGUGGAAAGCAAGGAAUGGCUGAUGCUCUUCCUGAGAUCACAAAGAAGUCUGCAUAUUUCCAGCAAAUACAAGAAGAUAUUGUUAAAUACAUGAAAUCAAUCAAUGAGUUGAAGACUGAGAUCACUAAGUUUCAGACUAAAGAUAUGACUGAGCUUCUUAGCUUCCACCGACGUGUUGAAUCAGUUCUUGAAAAACUAACAGAUGAGACACAAGUUCUUGCGCCAUGGGAAGGGUUUCCACAGAAGAAAGUCGAAGCAAUAAGAAUGGCUGCUGCAUUGUACUUGAAGCUGCACGGAAUGAUCACCGAGCUACAUAACUGGAAGAUAGAACCUCCUUUGCAUCAACUUCUUGAUAAAGUCGAACGUUACUUCACAACGAUCAAAGGAGAUAUCGACACCCUGGAUCGAACCAAAGAUGAAGAAGCUAAGAAAUUCCAGAGCCACAGCAUCCACUUUGACUUCAAUAUACUUGUUCAGAUAAAGGAGACAAUGGUUGAUAUCUCAUCGAGUUGCAUGGAACUCGCAUUGAAGGAAAAGAGAGAUGCAAAGCUUGUGUCGCCUGGUGCAAAUCCUAGCAUGAAGAAGACAGUAGGAUCUGCUAAAAUGCUAUGGAGGGCAUUUCAGUUUGCAUUCAAAGUUUACACAUUUGCUGGAGAACACGAUGAUCGAGCCGAUUCUUUAACCAGAGAGUUGGCUCAUGAGAUCCAAACUGAUCCUCAGAACCCAUGA